UGGCACAUUGCAAUCUACACAUCCCAUACCUCAGUACAUGCCAUACUUUAUGCAUAGAUUAAUGUUGUCUUGUAAUCCUUUGAUCUUGCAUCUGUUGUAGAAGACUGAAGUGAUCACAGAGCCUCAAAUUAGAGGAGGAAGGCAUAGGAAAAGUGUGAGCCAAAAUAUGGAUAGAGUCUGCUAUGCACAAAAAGAUCAGCCCAAUCUUGUUUCAGUACAGAAGCAGACUCAGAUUAGCAUAAAAAUUAUUCUGGUUGGAUGUUACUAAAUCCCACCCACUUGCUCCCUUCUGGGAAAGGAUUGAGUUUCUCUUACACUGCUGCGGAAGAGAAAUAGUGUACGUGUAUUUUUCAGGAAGAAAGUGGGACACUCCUAUGCUCUUAGUCUGGUUGUGGAUUUAUAGGUUGGGGCUGCAGGAUCUAAUAAAUCCAUAUCUCACACUGGCCUGAAAAAGAUACAUUUUUCCCUAAUGAAUAUUUAUGCUUGAAGAAGAUUACCUUGAAUUAGGAAUAAAGAUACCGAUUGUACCUCAGAAUUAUGGCCUGGCUGCUUGUUAGAACUUGCUUCCACAAAAUAGCCCCUGGGGGCAAAUUUUCUUUCAAAACCAGAGGAUGGAGCAAGGGACCCUUGACUGCUUACAUGCCAGAAGCCACAACUUUUCCUGGACCAGUGGACCACCAAGGGCUGUAUCAGGUGUCAGUGGAGCAAACAGACACUUUUUGGGGAGCACUAGCACGAAGCCGACUUAUGUGGAUCAAUCCUUUUCAUUCUGUCAGUAACUGUAACCUUCAGGAAGGCCAAGUGUCCUGGUUCCUUGGGGGACAGCUAAAUGUAGCUGUCAACUGCUUGGAUCGACAUGUCCAUCAAGCUCCAAAUAAAGUGGCCCUGAUCUGGGAGAAAGAUGAGCCUGGGCAGGAGGAGAGAAUUACAUACAGAGAACUUCUGGAGAUGACAUGCCGCCUUGGAAACACCUUGAAGCGACAGGGAGUGAAGAAGGGUGACAGAGUUGUGAUUUACAUGCCUCCAUGUCCAAUGGCUGUGGCGAGCAUGUUGGCUUGUGCCCGGAUUGGAGCAAUACACACAGUGGUAUUUGCUGGAUUCAGUUCUGUUGCAUUGGCUGACAGGAUCCAAGAUGCCAACUCUGAAACUGUGAUCACAGUAAACCAAGGCGUGCGAGGAGGGAAAGUGGUAGAAUUGAAGCAGACAGUUGACCAGGCUAUAAAAAUGUGUCCAAUGGUGAAGCGAGUUUUCAUUUGGAAGAGAACAGAUGCCAAAGUUCCUAUGUCAGCACUUGAUAUUCCACUAGAAGAGGAGAUGAUGAAAGAGGAUGCAACCUGUGAACCUGUUGCCUUGGAGAGUGAAGAUUUCCUGUUCCUUCUCUAUACAUCAGGGAGUACUGGAAAGCCUAAAGGACUGGUCCAUUCACAGGCAGGCUAUUUGCUAUAUGCUGCUGUCACACACAAGUAUGUGUUUGACUACCAUGAUGGAGAUGUUUUUGGCUGUGUCGCAGACAUUGGUUGGAUCACAGGACACAGUUAUGUGGUAUAUGGACCUUUGUGCAAUGGAGGAACUACAGUCCUUUUCGAGAGCACUCCACUCUAUCCUAAUCCAGGACGUUACUGGGAAACUGUGGAGAGAUUAAAGAUAAAUCAGUUCUAUGGAGCCCCUACAGCUAUUCGCCUACUGCUUAGUUAUGGGGAUAACUGGGUAAAGAAAUAUGACAGAUCCUCCCUCAAAAUCCUUGGAUCAGUGGGAGAACCUAUCAACACAGAAGCAUGGGAGUGGUUCUUCAGUGUGGUUGGAAAUGGACGGUGCCCGGUAGUUGAUACAUGGUGGCAAACUGAAACUGGAGGCAUCUGUAUUGCUCCUCGUCCUUCAAACUCUGGAGAUGAGAUCCUUCCAGCCAUGGCCAUGAGACCUUUCUUUGGCAUCAGACCUUCUCUUCUGGAUGAUAAAGGAAAUGUCUUAGCACAGAAUGACGUCUCUGGAACUCUCUGCAUAUCUCAGGCAUGGCCAGGAAUGGCAAGGACUAUUUACAAUGACCACCAGAGGUUUCUGGAGACUUACCUGAUGCCUUACCCAGGAUAUUUCUUCACUGGGGAUGGAGCAUAUCGAACAAGUAAAGGAUAUUACCAAUUGACAGGCCGACUUGACGAUGUCAUCAAUGUGAGUGGGCACAGGCUGGGCACUGCUGAGAUAGAAGAUGUUGUGGCCUGUUUUGUGUUCCAGAAUAAGCAUGAAGCAGUGGCAGAGUCAGCUGUGAUUGGAUAUCCUCACAAGAUCAAAGGAGAAGGUGCCUAUGCAUUUGUCGUAUUAAAGGAGGGUGCUGGCCUCUCCCAAGAAAGCCUGGCUUCUGAACUUCGGGGGCUUGUCUCAAAAGUGAUUGCAAAAUAUGCAGCACCAGAAUAUAUUCAGAAAUCAACAUCUCCAGCUAGCUGUCCAUCUGUUCAUCAUCUCUUGCAAGUAAUUUCUUGGAUCAACUGAGUUUAGCAGGAGAAAAGAUAAGGCUACUGAGAGAAGGCAAUACAACCCAAGCAUGCAAUACAGGCACACAUUUUGCGGGGAGAAAUACAAUGUCUGCAGAAGAAAGUUCAGUCUAUUUGAAGGCAAUGUUUCUAGUGCAUUCCUACUCACCUGAAUCUGGAUAGAUUUCCUUCAGGGGGUAUAUCACCUAAAUUGGAAUAAACCAGACAAACUUCAAAUGAGAAGCAUUUAUAUCAUAUAAACAAUGAAGAGAACAAUCAACUAUUAUAGCUGUCUGCUAAAGGCCCUUAGAUAACACACACUGGGCCCCUGUCUCUCUGUGGUGGAGUGUCCUUAAGAAUGGAUAUAUUCCUGUUAUAGCAGUGGGAACAACUUACACAGGGGCCAGAGAGAUGAUACCUAUCAAGGUAACCUACCUGUUCUCUCAGGGUCCCAUCUGUAAAGAAAGGCCGCUGUGGCAAGAUCACAAUUCCAUGUGGGCCAAAACAAGUCAGCAUGUGGAUAUUCCCUGCAAAGAUCCAACAGAAAUGAUCACAGUCACUUGUAUAUCACCUAGCACUUUCCAAUUCAUUACCACCAACAACACAUCUUGGCAAUUACUCCCCCACCAAAGUCAUCUGGUGAUGGCUAUCCCAGCAGGCCAACAAAACUAUUUCCUCUUCAUCUGGUUAUUAUAAGAACUGCUCUGGAAGUUGUCCCCCCCCCCACUUUGCCUCCAUCCCCAUCUCGUAUUCCUUGUAUCACAAAUCUUAAAUUUAGACUGCAAGUUUCAAGGCAGGGGCUGUCUUUCUAUUUAAUGUGCUCUGAGAGCUGUUUUGCCUAAAAAGCAAGUUAGAAAUUCUUUAAAGUAACUAAGGAAUUAUAUUAGUUAAGUAAUUAACAUUAUAGAACUGAAUAAACACUUCAA